AUGCUCAUCAUGGCGGUGGUGUGCACGGUGGUGUGCUUUGUGACGACCGCUUCCCAGCCGUGGAUUGUCAAGCACUUUGACACGGGAAGCAAUGCCACAGCCGACGUGAGCCAUCAUCGCGCCGCCCUUGGCCUGUGGCGGGUGUGCCACACGCAGGCGCAAGCAGCCACGGGAUUCUCCAAGUCCUCCUGCUUCCUGUACACGCAUCACAACGCAAUCCGGGAAACUGUGCACUUGAGCGUGAGCUCGCGUGUGACAACGACGAUGGCAGUGGCCGGGUCCUCUUCCGUGGCGUGCUUGCUGCUCACGUUUGCAUCCCUCUGCCUCAACUACCUCAUCAUGCGCGUGAACGCGCGCCCGCGCCCCCUCGCUCACCUCUUUCUACUCGCGACUGCAUUCAUCGCAGCCAUCAUCACUGCCGCUACCAUGACGUGGCUCAAGGACCAGCGUGGCUUCAGGAUCACCGCCAAUGACAAGAGCAGCAAGAACGGACAUGCUGGUUGGUCGCUCGCGCUGUACGCGGUCCACGUCGUGCUCCUUGCUGCUACAUCCAUUGUGCUCCUCAUCUCCGUUCUUGGGCGACAAGGCAGGGCCCAAUACACCACCGGCACCGGCACCGACACCACUGACAGCAGCAACAACCACGCGACACGUGCAGCGUACAGUGACGCAGAUACAGCUGCGUCCACCUUGACGAGUGCACUGAGCGCCAGUGACGGUGUUGGUGGACAGGGCACGCUGCUUGUGGCGCUGCUUGACCUGUGCAUUGGCGUGCACACGGUGUGUGCUGUCGCUGGUGGUGCUGGGGCCAGUGGCAUGUUCGCCUACAACAUCGCCCUUGCCCCCAUCCUACUGAUCGCGCGCUUCCACCACACGAGCAACAACAGAAGCAACACCAGCAACACUAGCAACAGCAGUGGCAGUUGCAUCAGCAGAUGGAUUGCGAGGAAUAAGGUGUUCGUGGCAACGUGUGUGUACCUUGUUCUGAGCAUGGUCGUGGACGUGGCCUUGUUUGCAGCACGCACAAAGGCGCUGCUGCAACAGGCUGCGGAUGGAACGCAACUGGUGCUUGCAGGCAACAUGCUGUCCUUUCUCGUCAAGCCCUUCACGCUUGCGCUUUUCGUCCGGUGGGCAAGGAAGGGAGGUACCAACAGCAGCAGCACCAGCAGCACCAGCAGCAUCACGCCAUCGGACGAGCGGUGGAUGGAGAGCACAACCAGACCUGCGCGAUGAACGCUCUGGCAUCGUCAGUGAUGACGAUGAUGGUGUUGACGAUGAUGGUGGAGGUGCGAGGAGGAGAGGUGGGAGUUUGGAUCGCAACAACGCUGCACGCGUGCGGCCAAUGCAAACACACGCACCGCUGCAAGCAGGUAAUCACGUUGGUGGUGUCGUUGAACACUCGAAAGCUACAGGCGGCGUUGGCGAACACGUAGGAAGACAGCGCGCUUUGAGUGACACGGCUGCCAAAAGUGAGAAUGGUGAUGGUGAUGAUGACGAUGGUGGUGAUGACGAGCAAGCGCGCAACAGUGCACAACAGCAGCACCAGCAACAACAACAACAACGACGACAACAAAAACAACAACAACAACAGCAACAGCAACAGCAGCACCAGCACCAGCACCAACAACAAGGUGUUAUUGGUCGCUUGUUCCGAUCGCGGUCGUUCACCGCCCUUUUCCGUCGCAGCGAUGACAGACACCACCAAGACAGUGGUGAUGGUGGUAAUGAUGGUGAGAACAAUGCAAGGCACGCCACCACA